GCAUCGACUCCACGCAGACAUCUCACCAAACAACAUUUGCACCCAAUCGGGGUAAUGUCAAUUUCCCUUCAGUCAAUUGCCGGUCUCAUGUCAAUCUUGUCUGGUUUGAUUGGUGUAUAAUAACACAGACCAGGUGGACAAAUGAUUUGUACUAAAGUAUCGUGCACUUUAUACAGAAGUGAGGUGUGUACUGAGCGGAUCGAGGGAUUAACACAUUCAAAAGAGGAAAGGCUAAUUAUUAUCCGACCACAAUGUGAGUUUAGAACGGACGGGCCAGAUUGGUAGCGGGCGAAUUAGAGCGCGAAGCGAUGAUACCGUGUCACAGCUUCUGCUUCCUCGUUCAUUGUCGUUAGCUGUCAUAUUGCGGGACGGUUGAACUCCUACUGCCGGUUGAUCACUAAUUAUUCUUCGUAAUAACACAACCGUAUCAACUUGUUCAACUGCCUUCAUAAAUUCCUCGAUUUACUGGAUUUCCCCUUUCGUUUCGUCUUUCGACACAUUUGAUUGAGUUAUCACAUCCUGACUCGCCGUGAAAGAUCUGGAUUGGAAUAAGUUAUAACCUCUCAAAAAUCAAACAAGACAGUCGUGAUUUCUCAAGUAUCAAUCUAAGAUAUGAUGAAUGACAAUGUUUCACCGAGGACUUAAGUUGCGUGACGAAACUUGGACACCCACCACUCUCCGUCAAGACAAUCAAGGAAAACUUAGCCCAGGAUCUGUGAUAAAUCAUUGCUAUUAAUUGAUAAGUAUAUGGUAUACGAGAGUCUCGUGACAUGGAAUUAUUUGCAUCCGAACAGAUCGGUCGAAAUCGAGAUAAAUAGUUUUGGAUCAGGAGCUAAAGAUUGUAGUUGGUGAUACACCUUUACAAGUAAGUGGACGAUCACCAUCGGGUACUUCUUUAAGCUCGUCAAAAGAGAGAACUUGGUCAUCACAACGGAGAGUGAUUUUCUUUAGAUUCUACAUACAUUGAAAAUGGAAACGCCUUAUCACCCCAUAAACCCUAUGGGUCAUCCUGUGAACACAAGUCACGGAAACGAUGGGGAGCCCGAGUUCGAGUUUUCGACGGCCAGUCACCGCGUCCUGCUGGCCGCGCUUCUCCUCGUUAUUUCCAUCGUCAGUUUCCUUGGCAACCUCCUGGUCAUUCUCGCAGUCGCGCUCUCCCGACGACUGCAGACGACCACCAAUGUUUUCGUCAUCAACCUUGCCGCAGCGGACAUCGCCAUCACCGUCCUAAUGUGGUUCCACGUCGCGACGCUAUUAACCUUUCAUGGAAUGCCGUUCUCUGAGCUGCUCUGCAUGGUUGUCGCCGCGUUAUCGCUGAUUUGUCUUGGAACAAGCGCAAUAUCUCUCACUAUGAUCGCCAUUAAUAGAUACUUUUUAAUCACCCACAAGCCGUCAUCGUACAUCUGGAUCUACAAACCUCUCAACAUCGUCUUCAUGGUCAUAUUCUCCUGGAUUUAUCCCAUACUGAUUAUCGUCAUCGGGACUCAGACGGGCCUUGGGAAUAUAGGCUAUUCUCACAAGUACAAAGUAUGUACGCAGGAUACGUCUCACGAAAAUGCAGACUAUUUGAGUAUCCUUGGUGCGCUCUCUGUUCUCAGUCCAGCCGUCAUUCUGAUCCUCGCGUGCUACGCAAAGAUAUACCAUCACGUGACCAGCCAUAAUCGUCAACUUUAUCGAUCAAGGAGUAUAGAUGGUAUGUCGGAUAUCACUUGCACAACGGGGGCGGUUUCUCCUGAUCAACGACGUCUCUCGCGAUCACUGCAUCAAGUGGGAGAUCCGAUAUCCCAUAACGAAAGCAGUGCGAACUCAAACGAUUACGACAACCAUAACGGAGGCGUUAACGGCCUCGCCACUGUUCUCUCGCUCGAGAAAAAACGCGCCAAGAAGGUGCGUAAACAACAGGUCGAAAUUACAAAAAAUCUAUUUCUGGUCGUCUGCGCAUUUCUACUUUGUGUCUUGCCAGCUACAAUCGGGAGUCUAAUCCCGUCCAGUGACCCCGCUAUCCCUUGGAUCACGUUAAUCCUUGUGUUUAACUCGUGCAUUAAUCCCUUUAUCUACGCAUCAAGACAUCCAAACUUUAAGACCGUCUUUAAGAGUAUACUCUCCUGUCGUCCGAACUCCAUACCAGACGGUAGUUGGAGAACCAAACGAUCGAGAUCGCGUUUCAGCCACCGAAGAUCGUUUCGAGUAUGACGUCAGCCGUCCAAAUUCCUGAAGUAAUUAGACUGCGUCAACAACUGAUAGGCUAGUGUCUUUGACGCGUCAGGAGAUAGUGACGUACGUCAUACGAACACCAAAUGCAAAAUGAAUGGUCCAAACAUUGCGUUUAAGUACUGGCGCAUAAGCGAUUAGCGCUGAUAGUAACGUGAUCGGAAUAACGCCACGUGUUCAAAAGAAAUUAGCACAUCGCACACGAGGCGUAAUUAAGCUGAUGUAUGGCUGUAUCAGUGACUGACAUGGUCUUGACGUCCCAUUUUAGAGUGACAUUGUUAUCACACCGAAUAUAUAUUAAAUAGUACAAACAUUUCAUUGAAUUAUACUGACGCAUGCGUUUAUUGACGUCAUAGGCUUGAUAAGCGUCAGUGAUAACGCAUUCUGAACGACGGCUCAGGUGCAAAGGUCAUGAUGUUGACGAUGAGAAAGAAAUGUUCAAUGAUGUACAUUGUGGCCCGAAUUCACAAAGGAGGUUUGUACUUUGGAGACAAACCUAGGUUUAACGCGUAUUGACGCGUUUCAGACCAAGGUUUGUCUGAACCUCGGUCUGAAACACAUCGAAACGCGUCACAUGACGCACAUAAACCCAGCUUUGUCGACAAACCUCCUUUGUGAAUUCGGGCCUGUAUGUUUGUUAUGAUGGAAGGGUAAAAAGCAUAGACGAAGUGUGACAGAGCCUGUAAGCCGCCAUGAUCAUAUAUCUCAAUAUGGGUGCUGCAAUUAAUUAGUAAAUUAGAAAUCAAAUAAAACAGAACUGGUUCAAUUAGUAUGAUCUGAAGAAGCUGGAAAAACAAGCCAUUUAUUAUGAAUGCAAUUCCUCAUCUAUUAUUUGUCGAGGAUCGAUGAUGAUGAAAGUUUCGUUGCUUAUCUUCGAAAGUCAAGAGAGUUUUGAAACUGGUAAGGUUAAUACUUAUUUGUGAAACUGAUAUCAAGUGUCAAAAGUAAUUUAUCAUGAACAAAAAUUGCACCCGCAUUUGCAAAUCCAGAUCUGAAAUUUACCCGCAUUUUUCUUAUAAUCAUUACAUGAUCAGUGAGACGUGUAAUCGUGUCAAUAAUCAGGGAGCCAUUUCCCUUUUAGAACCAGUCGAAUCGAAAACGUAUACAGUGAUAUGACAAUAGAUGGCAGUGUUUGAUUUUGUACAACUGUAACACAGAGUGCUGGCACUCGAUCGCGCUGGAGGCAUAAGUCAUUCCGUGCGAAUAUAACGGGAUCGUUUGAAAUAAUUAUUAAGAUGUGUCAAAGGAUUUCAAAUAAUUAUCAUCAUCUCCAUUUUCAACUAGACAUAAUAGAUUUGUUAUGUAAUAGGUUGACUAGAUCGUGUUUAAGAUUGUUGUAAUUAUUGUGAAAAUGUGCUAUCUUUGCAAAGGAUAACGGUCGACUGUGAUAUGUAUCCUGCUAAAAUAAACUACGUUUUAUGGAUCAGCAUAACUAUAAUGUAAUCAACCUACUUCUUUGUAACGUUUUAUGUUUUUGGAUGCAAUAACUAUAUUGCCUUAAACUUGCCCGACUCAGCAGCAACUUGGUGAGGGGAAAAUAUGCUAUGAGAUAUUCUAUGUAAUCCAACCUUCAAGAAAUAGUACAGUUUACAACUCGGUCAAACGCGUGUGUGUUAUAUAGAGUUUGCCAAUCUCUUUAUAAUAAAAUCACUUAUGAACUAUACAUAUUUAUUAUAAAUUGACUAUUUAAAGCAUUUCUAAUUUGUACUUGACUACUACAUAAUAUCGAUUUCAAAAGACAAAUGCAUAUAAAAUUUGUAAGAUUUACGGUGCUUCUUUUUUGAAAAAAAUUGUCGUAUAAGAUAAAGGUUGAUAUUUUUUGGUUAAUAAUAUCACCGUGAUUAAAUGUGUAUAUUUAAGUUCAGUAAUGUAAGGUGCUUUAUUGUAAAUGCACAUCUUUAUGAAUUUUUUUUCAAAGAAAAUUAAAAUCGUACUUUGGUGUAAUCGUUCAUAAUGAUAUGUAUCAUGUUUGCAAUUUAUCGUAUGAGAAUGUCAAUCUAUGAUCAUAUAACUAAAUUAAACUACGAGAAUAUAACACAUUUGUUUCAGGCUUACUUAGCUUUCCACACGCAUUAGAUUUUUGAUCUGCUGUCUUCUAUACUGACAAAAUAAUAUUUUCCAGUGUGUGUCUCUUAUACAUGUAUAGGGGGUAAGUAAAUGUCAUUGAAAUGUCAUAUGUCAGUAUGCCAUAACUGUUAUAUAAGCACAGAAGUGGAAAUUAUAACAAGCUUAUGCUAUGAAAGAAGA